AUGAGUACCAAAUCGACCGGCGCGAUGUACAACCACCCUCAGUUCCCGAGCCUUGUUGCUGCUGGAGUCGUGGCGGUCGCUUCCAUCGUCUUUGCUUUGAGAUUCUUUAGCUCGAGCGCAACACACAAGGUGAGGAUUCUACUCCAAGAUGAGAUCAAGAGUGCGAGACAACGGGCGCUUGAGUACUGCUUCAAUCCACGUGCUGUGAUGGCAAAGGGCUACGCAAAGGAAAAUACAAAGGUUCGUCUCCUCAUAUCCUCCGCUGAGACUCUCCUGACCAGCGAAGACUGGACCCCCGUCAAAGUCCACGACAAAGUCCUCCGCCUCAUCGCCACCAACAACGCCCGCGUCUUCCAAGGCACAACCGCCUCCCUCGACGAAGAAUGGCUCUCUGCAUCAACCGGCUAUGUCCUCGCCUGCUUCGACUGCAUCCGCGCCCUCAAACAAUGGCACCCCUACCUCCGCCCCCUCGUAUACCGCUUCAUCCCCGAGCGCGCCGCCAUAAAAGACCAAUGGGCUAAAGGGCGCAAACGAGUAAUGGCUUCUAUGCGUGAAAGACAAGAAAAAGGUGGGAAUUUGGAGGAUCCGCCGACUAUGCUGGAUCAUUUGAGCAAUGGACGGAAUGAACAGAUUAAGGAUGAUGUUGAGCUGCAGUUGUUGCAUCAGAUGACGUUGAUUGCUGUUGGGACUGUGACUACUUUUUCGUCGACGGCGCAGGCGAUUUAUGAUCUUGUGGCGCAUCCGGAGUAUAUACCUAUUUUGAGAGAGGAGGUUGGGAGUGUGGCUAGGGAUGGGAAUGGGAAUUUUACGAAGGAGUCGACGGUGGCGAUGGAUAAGCUUGAUAGCUUUCUCAAGGAGAGCCAGCGGUUUAACUCCCCUGAUCUCACUACUUUUCAGCGCGCAGCUAUCGCAGACAUGACCCUCCCAGACGGCACAUUCGUCCCCAAAGGCACCAAGCUCGAAAUCAACACUUGCUCAAUCCACAAAGAUCCCGAGUUAUAUGAGAACCCAGAGGGGUUUGAUGGUCUGCGCUUUCACAAAUGGCGCAGAACUCCUGGUAAGGAAAAGAAGUACAUGUAUUCCAGCAGCGGGACGGAUGACUUGUCGUGGGGCUUUGGACGACAUGCGUGCCCGGGGAGAUAUCUCAGUGCUAUCAACAUCAAGCUCAUCAUGGCGGAGCUGUUGAUGAACUAUGAUAUCAAGCUUCCUGAUGGUGUGAGUCGACCUGAGAAUAUUGAGUUUGAAGUAUUGUGCUCUCCUGAACCGGACUUUGAGAUCCUUUUUAAGGACAGGGACCAUUAG